UUUGGUUCUCGUCCUCGGUCGGACCAACCCUCGAACUCCAAGCAAGCAAUGGCGAUGGCGUCGUCUUCAUCGCCAACCCAGCCGCCUCCCAACGCCUCCAAUCUCGAGAACUCCGCCACUCAGCCCACCCUUACGACUCCACCUCAGGGGAACGUGAAGGUUGAUGUUGCCUCCAGAAAUGGUUUGCCCACUGCGAUUGACAAGAAGCCUGAAACAGCUCAGCAUUUUGAGUUCCUAGAUGGUGAGGACUACAUUGAGAAAUACAGCAAAUAUGAAUCAGACUACACUCGCCGGCUGAUGGCAAAAUACUUUUCGGAGAAAAAUCUUUAUGGAGGAAACACAUUUGAGGAAAAAAUGACAAUAGACGAGGAGGCUAUAUUGUCAAGCAGGUGGCCAGGUACUCGAUCGUUUGCAGACCCUGUGCUGAGUUUUGAGGAGCAGAGCAGUGGCGACUCAACUUCUCCUUCUGAAACCCUGGGACGAUGAAUGAUGCAAAAAAUGGCACCAAAAAAAGGAGCAGAAAACGAUGAAAAUCGUCCAAUAGUUGCAACUGUGUCCUAUGCAUUUCCAGUGGAAGAUAGAGCAAUUGCUGAUCAUUAUUCGCUACCAGGUAUGAUGCUGCUGCACCCAAAGUAUUUGAUGGAUGGAGAGAAAGUGAAAACAAUUGUUAGUGUAAAAAUUUUCGUCUUGCAAAUAUUUAUCUGUCUUUGGAUAUUUAUUCCUUACCAGGUAUGAUACUGCUGCACCCAAAGUAUUUGAUGGAUGGAGAGAAAGUGAAAACAAUUGUUAGCGUAAAAGUUUUCGUCUUUCAAAUAUUUAUCUAUCUUUGGAUAUGAUCAUAUGAAUAACGUACUUAGAUUAAGUUUCAUUAUUUGCCUGUAAUUGUUGUUAUAGAGUCUCUCUCUUUAACUGCAUGCAAAUUUAAUGAUCAGGUGCAGUGAAAAUCUUUUUUUAA